AAGUCACGUGGCCGGGACUGCCCUCUGGGUGGAUGCGACCCAGGCCGCUGGCCAGAGUUACUCGGUGGUGGGCGGCUGCCCGAGGGUAAGGUGGCGCGCGGGCGUGCUCUCGGGAUCUUCGGAAACGACCCCCAACGGCCAGCUAGGAGGUGGAUAGGGGACAUUUGUGGUACUCGGAGUCACACUCCACUGGCUCUCUCAUCCAGGAUGGCCACUCUGGAGACAGGGCUGAAGAGAGCCACCCUGGGCACCAUCAGCGAGGACUCAGAAAGCUGCGCCUUGUAUUCAUAGUCUCUAUGAAGCAAUCCUGGACCGUGUCUUUGCAUUGCUCCGAGUCCGCGUGGUUCCUGCUGUAUGUCUUCUGAGGCCUAACCUCUCUACAACUUUGGCAUAAAUUGCGGGUUCGAGAUGGGCUCGCAGGUGUCCACGGACGUGAGAGGUGCGCAUGUGGUGAUCGUGGGCGGGGGCUUCGGUGGAAUUGCAGCCGCCAGCCAGCUGCAGGCGCAGAAUGUCCCCUUCACGCUGGUGGACGUGAAGGACUCCUUCCACCACAACGUGGCAGCCCUCCGGGCCUCCGUGGAGAGCGGGUUUGCCAAAAAGACGUUUAUCCCAUACUCAGUGAGCUACAAAGAAAGCUUCCGGCAGGGCCUGGUGGUUGAGAUCGACCUAACGAAUCGGACGGUGCUGCUGGAGGGUGGCCAGGUGCUGCCCUUCUCACAUCUCAUCCUGGCCACUGGCAGCACUGGGCCGUUCCCCGGCAAGUUGAACCAGGCUUCCAGCCAGCGGGACGCCAUUCAGGCCUACGAGGACAUGGUGCAGCAGGUGCAGCGCUCGGAGUCUAUCGUGGUGGUGGGCGGAGGCUCGGCAGGAGUGGAGAUGGCAGCGGAGAUUAAGACAGAAUACCCCGAGAAAGAGGUCGCUCUUAUUCACUCCAAGGUGGCCCUGGCCGACAAGGAGCUCCUGCCCUGUGUCCGGCAGGAAGUGAAGGAGAUCCUGCUCCAGAAGGGGGUGCAGCUGCUGCUGAGUGAGCGGGUGUGCAACCUGGAGAAACUGCCUUUCAACGAGUAUCGAGAAUGCAUCAAGGUACAGACAGACAAAGGCACGGAGCUGGCCACCAACCUGGUGAUCGUCUGCAACGGUAUCAAGGUCAACAGCUCUGCCUACCACAGUGCAUUUGAUAGUCAGCUGGCCAGCGAUGGCGCCCUGAGGGUGAAUGAGUACCUCCAGGUGGAGGGCUUCAGCCACAUCUAUGCCAUCGGCGACUGUGCUGAUGUGAAGGAGCCCAAGAUGGCCUAUCACGCCGGCCUCCAUGCCAACAUUGCCGUGACCAACAUCGUUAACUCCAUGAAAGAGAGGCCCCUCAAAGCCUACAAGCCAGGUGCACUGACGUUCCUCCUGGCCAUGGGCAGGAAUGAUGGUGUGGGCCAGAUCAGUGGCUUCUACGUGGGGCGCUUCAUGGUUCGGCUGGUCAAGAGCCGGGACCUGUUCGUCUCCACAAGCUGGAAAACCAUGCGGCAGUCUCCGCCCUGAGGAGGAGGCUGGGCUGGAGAAGAGGCACCACCGUCGCCAGCUGAAUGGGUUGCUUGACAAGUGGUGCCCACUUGACAAGUGCCAAAGACACUUUCCCUGGAGCAAGAUGCCAGUGAUGUAGUCACCAGAAACAUAAUUUACAGAAAACCAAAAAUGAAGAGGGAGAGAGAGAUUAAAAAGAUACCUCCCUAGAGGAUUCUUUCUGGGUUGGAAAGGUCUGCUUGCCAUGUGCUGGCCCAGUGCUUCACUUGGCCCCGGGAGGGCAAGGCCGGCCUUGUCUACCACAGGCUCCCCUUGGAUGUGUGUGCGCGUGUGCGCAUGUGUGUGCCCAUGUGUGUGUGCACAUGGGCGUGGCAUUCAGAACGCACACGGGCAGAGCUGGGGCUCCUCACGGCUGGCAGCCUGUCUGGAAGGGCAGGAAGGGGGGACCUGCCAGGUGAGCCUGGCUAUGGAAGGGGAUCUGUACCCCAGCUCCCCCAUGGUUCCGAGGGUGGGGAAGCCUCUGAACCACCCGCCACACUUAGGUUGUCAAUAGAACCCACUUUAAAACUUGUAGUCCCUCUUGUCUUUCAUCUUAAUGAAACCGUCUGCAUUUCCAAUUUUAGAUUCUGAUUAUAUACCAUAGGUUACAUUUGCAAAGAAGGAGAUAAAAAAAAUCUCCCUGUUGGUUAGUCCGUUCUGACAGGGAGUCCUUAGAGCUAACAGAAGUGCAGACUGGAGCCGGGCCUGCAGGCAGCCGAGCUCAUGUGACCUCAGGGCUGGUUGCCGUCCGGUUCACAUUCAGGGAGCAGACGGGGGCUUCUGCGGUGACCCCCUGUGCCUGCAUGCUGCUAUCGUGGGCAGAUUUCUAAGUGACAAAAUUCUGACGCUGGGGGACCCUUGCUGGUUUUGUGCUUCUGGUUUCUUGGCCAACCCUGAUGCCAUUUAUCUGGAGACCCAGCUGUGCGGCAAUAACGCCUGCCACCAACUCUGUUAAGGUAUAUAAAUGACUCCUCUAUUUGGGAGAGACCUUCCAGUCCGGGGGAGCCUGUUCUGGACCACACGAAGUUAAGUCUCUGCCAUCCGAGUGGUUGAUGAAUUCAUCUGAAUGCACUUGGGUUCUGUCCUGCCCACCUGCCCCCUCCCCUGCUGCUUUUGAUGGUGGCCUCUGGAUACUUGGUCACAGUCCUUGGACACCAGUCUCACUGGGGUUCUCAGUCGAUCCCGGUGGGGCUGUGGCCUGGGCCUGAGUGGGACGUGUGUCUCUCUCCCGAAGCACGGCAGUCCCUCUGGAGCUUCGCCCAGGGCUGCGUUCCUGUGGAGCGGGGCUGGCCAGGCCCCGCCUCUGCCUGAGAUACAGGCCAUUUUGUGCUGUCUGACCUGGGGCAUCGCAUGGCGGGACUCUCAGCCGGUGAGAGACAGGCCUUGUUCUAUUUAUAACAUUCUAGACGUGUCUACCCAUGGGGACAGUUUUCCAAACUGACGAAAUGUUGCAAUAAAAGAAUAUGUUGUAAGAAA